UUUAAUGGUAUUUGAUGCUACCACCUACCACGAGUUUCUUCAGUUUCAUCUUUUGUACUUCACUAUAUAAAUGAAUCAGUAUAUAAUACAUAUUAGCAUAUAAUAUCAUACGCAUCUCUCAUAUUAUAAUUAUUUUGCGAAUACGCAAUGGCGCAAAUAGGAAAUGUGACGGCAGAUCAACUGAUUGCUGGCUCUAGUAUAUUGUCCAGACCCGCUGAAGAAUUUGACAAUGAUCCGUCCGUGGAAGCAAUGUGGGCAAUGAAAGCUAUGGAACAUGCAGAAGUUUAUUUUAAUAUUUUGUGCUCAGUUGAUCCAAAGCUUUUAAGGCUUACACCUCAUGAUGAAAACAUCUAUAAAGCAUUUAGAGAGAAUUUUCCUAACAUGAAAGUGGACAAGAUAGAUGAAGAUGAGUUCAAGUCUCCACAGCAAAAGGAAGAAUGGAGAUCCUUUUGCGAACAGUUUAAGGAUGUUGUAGAGGACUAUAGUUUCGGUACGUUAUUAAGGGCAGAUUGCACAGAAGAUUAUAAAGAAAAAAAUAGCAUAUUGACAAGUCGAAUUCAAUUUUACGCAAUAGAACUUGCAAGAAAUAGAGAAGGUCUUAAUGAUGGUGUGCGAAAAAAAUUCAAACCAAGUAAGGUUUAAUAUUGAUCACAAUUAGUUUUGUUAAUGCUAAGAUUAAGUUUGGAUACAUGACUUUUAUUUAUUACAAUUGAAUAUGUAAUGGACACGAUGGAAGAAAUUAGAUACAUAAUAAUGUUAUAUAAUACAUAAUAAGUUAAGCAGAUUAGAUCAUGGUAGAUUUGAUAUAUGAGCUUAAUGUUUCGAUUUGACAACCAUCGUUAUUGAUAAUACAAAUUUUUUAUUAAUCUUUUUUCUGUUUCCAUGAUUUUCUGCCAUGUAAUAUACAUUGAGAGACGCUCUUUAAAGCUGUCUUAGUUUCCUAUCUUGAAACAAUUACUGCAAUUCUCAUAGAUUAUUUUCUAAAUAGCUUUUCGCGAUUCAUUACUUUCUGUGAAUCUUUAUCGAUUGUGCCUUCUAAGAAACUAUAGUUCUUACAUGAUAUCUAAAAUUAUACUAUAAUUAAUAAGUUUAUAAAUAUAAAAAGUGUGUGUCAAAAGUAAUAGGAUGAAAAAGACUGCAUAAUUAAAAACAAAAACGAACUUUUACUGCUUUAUAACUCAUAAUCUUUAAUUGUAAUUAUAAUGAUGUGAUAAAAUCAGAAAAAUAGUGUAAUAUAAUACAUACUGGAAAGCAUUCCAUUUCUUCCAAUUUAAAUUAAUGAGUUUUAAAUAAAUUUGCGAUAUUUGAUUAUAGAUAUGCACCUCUACUCCUCUCUUGCUUUUCGUAAAUCUCCGUUCCUUAUUUCAACUAACGAUUUCUUUAACUUCCCGACAGCCAAAUUAUUUCUUCACCGCUCAUUCUUAGUUUAUUUUAAUCAUAAUAAAUAACAAAUAUAUUUAGAAUUGUAACAAGAAACUUGGAAGAACUGAACGACUGGAUACAGAGGAGGAGAAAGAGAUGAGAUAGGCAUGCGAAAUGCCUAAAAAGGAUUAAAUAACAUUAAAAUUAAAGAUGAUGCAGACAUUGUUUUUAGACUUGCCGUGACUCUGUAGAAACAAAUAAAAAAAAAAGAGUCGAAUAUAUAUAUGUAUAAUAUAAAAUAGUGGUUCAAGUCUCUUAAUUCUUAGGUUUGGUGAAAAAAUGCACACGAGAGCGACCGUUUCUAGAAUAUAUUGCUAUAUACACACUUUAAUAACCAAAAACAAACAUUACAGUGUAAUAAUAUCUCGUAUUAUUAAUAUAAUAUUAUAUGUAAUAAUAUAGAGAGUUUUAUUCAAUCGUAGUGAAAACACACUGAAAACCAUGUCUUCCUCUCUUAUUGAAAAGAACAAUGCGUGUCUCGCGCACGCGUUUGCCUUUUUUAUUAUUAAUAAUAUUAAUUUGUAUGUAUAUGUGUGUGUGUAUGUGUAUGUCGCCCGAUCGACGGCACUCGCGUAAUGCUAUAAAAAAAGAAAAACGGGAGACUUCCCGAAAUACAUCGGCGAGGAUAUACAUUAUACAUUGUAGUUUCGAGAGCGCGGUCGAUCCGGUCGAGCCGAUCGAUCGUUAUUAUAGAAUAAUAAAUAUGACAGUGCAAUAUCUAAAAAAUCUGUCUUUUUUAUGCAACUUAUUCAAUACAACUGUACUCACAAAAUGUACAAUAUGUUUUAUUGCCCUUACGUGAAUGUCAAGGAAAAUCUGAAUCGCCAAAUCAUCGUGUAUAUGCGUGACAAAUAUAGAUGAAGUUAAAAGUAAAGAACAAAUUUUUUUUUUCAAAUA